UCUGGGUGGUUGUGUUUCAUGUAGGCUGAAGGCGAGGUGGCAGCUCUGAACAGACGUAUCCAGCUAGUGGAAGAGGAGUUGGAUCGUGCCCAGGAACGGCUGGCCACAGCCUUGCAGAAACUGGAGGAGGCUGAGAAAGCAGCGGACGAGAGUGAGAGAGGAAUGAAGGUUAUCGAGAACAGAGCAAUGAAAGAUGAAGAGAAAAUGGAAAUUCAGGAAAUGCAACUGAAGGAGGCUAAGCAUAUUGCUGAAGAAGCUGACCGCAAAUAUGAAGAGGUUGCCCGUAAACUGGUUAUUUUGGAGGGUGAACUGGAAAGAGCUGAAGAGCGUGCAGAGGUGUCCGAAGUUAAGUGUAGUGACCUUGAAGAGGAGUUAAAGAAUGUCACUAACAACCUGAAGUCUUUGGAAGCUCAAUCGGAAAAGUACUCGGAAAAAGAAGAUAAAUAUGAAGAAGAAAUCAAGAUUCUCUCUGACAAGCUUAAAGAAGCUGAAACUCGUGCUGAAUUUGCAGAGAGAACAGUUGCCAAACUGGAAAAGUCUAUUGAUGACCUGGAAGACGAGCUGUACGCUCAGAAGCUGAAGUACAAAGCGAUCAGCGAGGAGCUUGACCAUGCUCUCAAUGACAUGACCUCCUUGUGAUCUGCACCUCUGCGGGGGCACGGGGGCCGCUCUGACUUCCUGCAUUUCUUAAGCUUCUCUUGCCUGUAAUACCUGUCGUUUCUGUGCAACUUCCACAAGCGAUCCUUCCGUCUCCUCUGUAAGAACUGAGCUCAAUAAAAACAAGAUACCUCUGCCUU